AUGACGGACGUGGACAUGGACAUGGACGACGACUCGUUUUUCGGUGGUACGCAGCCGGCCGCGCCGAAUACAUGGCCCAAUAACGUCCCUGACCGCGAGGUCGUCAUCGAGGCCGAUGAUCAGGACUAUGAUUCCGCACUUGAUAUGCGGAGUGUUGCCUCGUCAAUAAGAAGCGUGGAUAGCUCCAUCAUGGACUAUCGGAUUGAGAACGGGAGAACCUAUCACAGAUACAAUGAUGGCAAAUACAAUAUUCCCAAUGACGAGAUUGAAACGGAAAGACUUGAUCUGCAACACGCUUUGUUUCUUCUUACAUUCAAUAACAAACUUGGAAACGCUCCCCCAGCUGCGAAGGAGGGGAAGGUUGGAAGAGUCCUUGACGUCGGUACCGGCACCGGCAUCUGGGCGAUUGAUUUCGGAGACGAACAUCCCGAAGCUGAAGUCCACGGGAUCGAUUUGUCUCCUGUGCAACCAAACUUUACACCGCCGAACGUUCGAUUUGAAAUCGCCGAUUUCGAAGAACCCUGGAUGUUCGCGCAGGGAUUUGACUAUAUCCACAGUCGGAUGAUGAACUCGUCCGUGGGCGACUGGAAUGAAUAUGUUCGAAAAUGUUACGAAAACCUAAACCCAGGAGGGUACCUGGAACUAGUCGAGGUCGACAUUGCACCUCUCUCGGAUGACGGAACUUUGCUCCCUGAGCACUCGAUAUCGAAAACUGCUCAGUUGGUACAACGUGCGUCUGAAUUAUUUGGACGUGCUUACCAGGACGCCAAAGAGUUGAAGCCUGUUCUCAUAGAGGCCGGGUUCUCGGAUGUCACCCUGCUGCACUUCAAAUGGCCCACAAACCCGUGGCCGAGAGAGAUGCGACAUAAAGAGUUGGGCGUCUGGCACAACGAGAACUUAGCAAGGGGAUGGGAGGGCAUAUGCAUGGCCUUGCUCACUAGAGUUCUCGGGUGGACGAGAGAGCAGGUGCUGGCGUUGAUGGAGGAGAAUACGAAAGAUUUUGGAGACAGAAAUAUUCAUGCGUAUUUCUCAAUGUAA